AUGGCCGCCGCCGCCGCCAUUCGCAGCCCUACCCGCGCCGCCUCCUCUGCCGCAGGCCCCGCCGCGCCGACCCAUCCGCGCGCGGUGCUGCGGGUGGCGUCGUCCGCCCGCCCGCGGAGGGGUGCCGUGGCCGCGGCCGCAAUGCAGCCGUCGAAGGCGGUCGCCGCGGAGGCGGCGUCCCCCGCCGCCGCGGCGGUGGAGAUGGGGAACGGCGCCGCGGUCGUCGCGGGGCUGCAGAGGCCCGACGCCAUGGGGAGGUUCGGGAAGUUCGGCGGGAAGUACGUCCCCGAGACGCUCAUGCACGCGCUCACCGAGCUCGAGAACGCCUUCCACGCGCUCGCCACCGACGACGAGUUCCAGAAAGAACUUGACGGUAUUCUCAAGGACUAUGUUGGACGUGAGAGCCCCCUCUACUUUGCGGAGCGCCUGACGGAGCACUACAAGCACGCCGAUGGCACAGGCCCGCUCAUCUACCUCAAGAGGGAGGACCUUAACCACACUGGUGCCCACAAGAUCAACAAUGCCGUGGCGCAGGCCUUGCUCGCCAAGCGACUUGGGAAGCAGCGCAUCAUUGCUGAGACAGGGGCUGGUCAACACGGUGUCGCCACCGCCACAGUGUGCGCCCGUUUUGGGCUGCAGUGCAUCAUCUACAUGGGUGCGCAAGAUAUGGAGAGGCAGGCGCUCAAUGUUUUCCGGAUGAGGCUUCUCGGUGCAGAGGUCAGGGCGGUUCAUUCUGGUACAGCAACCCUGAAAGAUGCAACUUCUGAGGCUAUCCGUGACUGGGUCACUAAUGUGGAGUCUACACACUACAUUUUGGGCUCUGUCGCUGGUCCACACCCAUACCCAAUGAUGGUGAGGGAGUUCCAUAAGGUUAUUGGCCAGGAGACCCGGAGGCAGGCCAUGGACAAGUGGGGUGGCAAGCCAGAUGUGUUGGUUGCUUGCGUUGGUGGUGGAUCAAACGCUAUGGGCUUAUUCCAUGAGUUUGUUGAGGAUCAAGAUGUGAGGCUGAUUGGAGUAGAGGCAGCUGGUCAUGGCGUAGACACUGACAAGCAUGCGGCAACUUUGACAAAGGGCGAAGUUGGAGUUCUCCAUGGAUCUAUGAGCUAUUUGCUGCAGGAUGAUGAUGGACAAGUUAUUGAACCCCACUCCAUCAGUGCUGGGCUGGACUACCCUGGUGUUGGACCUGAGCACAGUUUUUUGAAGGACAUUGGACGUGCUGAAUAUGACAGUGUGACUGAUCAGGAGGCCCUGGAUGCUUUCAAGCGCGUCUCUCGUCUGGAGGGCAUCAUCCCUGCCCUGGAGACCUCCCACGCGCUCGCCUACCUCGAGAAGCUCUGCCCGACCCUGCCAGACGGCGUGAGGGUGGUGGUGAACUGCAGUGGACGAGGAGACAAGGACGUGCACACCGCCAGCAAGUACCUGGACGUCUAA